GCACUUGGUUCGUCAGACAACUCUGUAAAUUGAGUUCAAACUUUUCAAAGGAAUGGGAUUCGGCGGGCAGCGCGUGGGCAUGUCGCCUUCGCAAAAUAAACUUCCUCUUGAUGUAGCUAUGUCCCACGCCUUCCAGACUUAGUUGCUGUAAUUAUCUACUGUCCAGAACCAGCGUCAUGUUUCAGACUGAAGGGCAGCCUCGUCAUACGCCGCGAAAACAGUGGAUGCUACACAACGGCUCCUCCUGUAACGUGGUUUUGAAACUCCGCUACCGUUUCGCCGAAGAAGGAUGCAGUGCCAGCCAAGUGUCAAUUGCUCGGAGCCUCCUUUCUGAAAGCGCAGAGGAUCCCAGUGCAGCUGAAGUAGCGGUGAGCUACCUUACACGAGCAGCAGAACAAGAUGACGCAGAAGGCCUUUCACUACUGGAGCAGUGCUACAAAAACAGAGUUGGCGUUACUGACAGAAACAUAAGCGACGUCGAACGCUGUCUUGGAAAGUCUAAUACUGAGAAAACAGCCAGCCGCGUCGCAAAACAGAUUUUGGACUUCGUGACGCCUGACGGUUCCGUCACAUUGAGCGAGUCCGUUUUUCGGCGGAGGCUUCAAGAUGGGCAUGGCAAGUUGACGCCUGAUACAGACUGUCACCCUCGAGUCGGCGUGAGUGAUAUCACGAAUGCUGUUACGAGCUGUAUCGAAGGGCAGCCACCUGCACUACUAAUUUCACAGAGAGAACGCAUCAGCAACCGACUUCUACUGUACCUGGAAGACCUUACAGCCCAAUGUACUGCGCAACUCGCAUCGUUUAACCUCUGGACAAACUUAUUUCUCACGUCUUUGCUUUUACUUGUGAUCUGUGCUUCUCUGUACAGCCCCAUCAUUCUGAAAUUUGUGCAACACGAACCUUCUGUUAUAUUCCUGGCAUCCUUGGCAUUAGCAGUGGCAUUCACGGCUCACUUGUGGCGUCAUAAAGUUGACUGUGAAAAUCUGCGUGCCUGGAUUGCUUUAGUAACCAGGUUCGAUGCCGCAGCUGUUACAUCAGGUACCAGGCAGAGGUUUCAAAGGUUCUUUUAUGUCAAGUUGUUCUUUCAUGCUAGUGCUACGGUUGCUUGUUUAUGUGCUUCCUUGGAACAACUUAAGUACGUGGAAUUUGCCCUCCUUUCACGCAGUGAUGUAGCAGUGUUCACUGCUCUCAUUUUUGGUUCCAUCUUUUAUGAUACUGUCACUAGGUCCAAGGCUAAACUCGCUGUAGCAACCAGCAUUUUUGCUUUGACUGCUCGAGAUUUUAAUUUUCCACUAGUUGCACUAGUUUCCUUUGUUCCUGACAUGUUUUACAUGCCUUACUUAUACUGGCCAGCAGUUGGGCUGAAGUAUUUUGCUUAUAGCUUCAUCAUAUUUAAAGAUGAUUGUACUAUAUGUGUACAGAACUUUGUUUGUGUGGCAUGGUUCCAUGCUUGCAUACAUGUAAUGCAGAGUUGUGACCUGGAAGAUGUAUUGACAGCCAUAUUGUCCAUUGUGUUCUGGCUAGUUCUAUGCUCGUACAUCAAGCCAAUGCACAGCACGUUCACAGUUCUGGCAUUGCGACAGCUUAUGGUUGCAGAUUGGCUGAAGGUAGCUUUAAGCAGCUUUGCUUUGUAUUGCCUGUAUAAAUGUGUUGCUCUUGCCACUAAGAAAUUAAGAAGCUGCAACAAUUUGAAAACGAAAACAGCCCUAUGUCCCGUGUAUGCCCUGCUGAUCUUGUCAGUGGCUGCCUUCAGCUACGAUUGCAGCACAGAGGAAAGGCACCUCGAUGUGGACAAGUACAAGUCGCUUUGCCAGGAAUCCGUUCUGGGAGAUGCAAAUACUGCAGUCAUGCAACAGGCUUGUGCAGCUUACGUUGGUGCAAAGGCACAAUUCAGCGGGCACGUAGCAAGUGUUGAAAUUGUGGAUGUUCACAACGUGCCGAAACGUGCAAUUUCUCUACUACCUCGUUCCGUACACGACACAGUUGCACGUCUUAUCGGCAACAAGUGGCCGUCGUGCCACCCUAGGUUUCAGACGGAGACAGAUUAUGCAAGGUGCCAGCUCUACAAGGACCUCAGGCUGCCGGCAUACCACCUUGAAGCAUGGAAUGUUUACAGCUUUGAGCUAAGCGUUGAACUUGAAAGUGGAUUCCAAGCGGUAGUUGUCACAGACAGCACCUGUCGCGAUUUUGUCGCCAGGCUCAAGAGUGGAAGUGCAAUUGACGUGAAGGGCCAGUUGACAUCUGUCGUUGGAGUUCCCAAAAUAUGGCUACUGCGAGCUGCAGCCGAAGACUCCGUGUGUGACAGAAGUUUCGAACUGUCUUGGGACAUUGGGUCCUAUGUUGCUACUUUCUUGGAAUUUGUCCAGUUUGUGUUCUGAGUUAUGUUUUGUAAAAUGUUUGCACACUGUGAUAUUUUGUGUUUGGAGGUGGAGCAUAACACAUAUUAGACAAUGCCACAAUACUGCAGGUGGAUAUGUUCACUGUUGUUUUAUUACAAGUGGAUUAUAUUUUAAUAAAUUUUUAUCCUGUUA